GCUUUUGUCCCGGAGUUCAGCUCUUUGGCUUGGAUUUAUCUCGGGAACAUUCGUCUUCAGUCUCCGAUAUAACUAGAAAUCCAGCAUGAGGAGAUUUGUCUACUGCAAGGUGGUCCUGGCCACAUCGCUGAUGUGGGUCCUGGUUGAUGUCUUCUUACUCCUGUACUUCAGCGAGUGUAAUAAAUGCGAUGACAAGAAGGAGCGAUCCCUGCUGCCUGCACUGAGGGCUGUUAUUUCAAGAAAUCAAGAAGGUCCAGGAGAAAUGGGAAAGGCUGUCCUUAUUCCAAAAGAUGACCAAGAGAAAAUGAAGGAGUUGUUUAAAAUCAAUCAGUUUAACCUCAUGGCCAGUGACUUGAUUGCCCUUAACCGAAGUCUGCCGGAUGUGAGAUUAGAAGGAUGCAAGACAAAAGUCUACCCUGACGAACUUCCGAACACAAGUGUAGUCAUUGUGUUCCAUAAUGAAGCUUGGAGCACUCUACUUAGGACUGUCUACAGUGUCAUAAAUCGCUCUCCACACUACCUGCUCUCUGAGGUCAUCUUGGUCGACGAUGCCAGUGAAAGAGAUUUUCUCAAGUUGACAUUAGAGAACUAUGUGAAAACUUUAGAAGUGCCAGUAAAAAUUAUCAGAAUGGAAGAGCGCUCUGGGUUGAUACGUGCCCGUCUCCGAGGAGCAGCUGCUUCAAAAGGACAGGUCAUAACUUUUCUGGAUGCACACUGCGAGUGCACCUUAGGAUGGCUGGAGCCCUUGCUGGCGAGAAUAAAGGAAGACAGGAAAACAGUUGUGUGUCCCAUCAUUGAUGUUAUUAGCGAUGAUACCUUCGAAUACAUGGCUGGGUCAGACAUGACUUAUGGUGGUUUUAACUGGAAACUAAACUUCAGAUGGUAUCCUGUUCCUCAAAGAGAAAUGGAUCGAAGGAAAGGAGACAGAACAUUACCUGUCAGGACCCCUACUAUGGCUGGUGGCCUAUUUUCUAUUGACAGAAACUACUUUGAAGAGAUAGGAACAUACGAUGCAGGAAUGGAUAUCUGGGGUGGAGAGAAUCUUGAAAUGUCUUUUAGGAUCUGGCAAUGUGGAGGCUCUUUGGAGAUUGUGACUUGCUCUCACGUCGGUCAUGUUUUUCGAAAGGCAACUCCAUAUACAUUCCCUGGUGGCACUGGCCAUGUCAUUAACAAGAACAACAGAAGACUGGCAGAAGUUUGGAUGGAUGAAUUUAAAGAUUUCUUCUACAUCAUAUCUCCAGGUGUUGUCAAAGUGGAUUAUGGAGAUGUGUCAGUCAGAAAAACACUAAGGGAAAAUCUGAAGUGUAAGCCUUUUUCUUGGUACCUAGAAAACAUCUAUCCGGAUUCCCAGAUCCCAAGACGUUAUUACUCACUUGGUGAGAUAAGAAAUGUUGAAACCAAUCAAUGCUUAGACAACAUGGGCCGCAAAGAAAAUGAGAAAGUGGGUAUAUUCAACUGCCAUGGCAUGGGAGGUAACCAGGUGUUUUCUUAUACUGCUGACAAAGAAAUCCGAACUGAUGACUUGUGCCUGGAUGUAUCCAGACUCAAUGGACCUGUAAUCAUGUUGAAAUGCCACCAUAUGAGAGGAAAUCAGCUAUGGGAAUAUGAUGCUGAGAUAAGAUUUCUCUAUGUGGCACGGACGGCGGCGGGCAGAAACCGACGCACGGUGGGCGACGCAGUUGGUGCGGGCCGGACCGGAGGAGAGUAUCCUUUCUUGGUUUCUAUGUACAGCUUCAUAUUGACAAUGCACAACGUGCCAUUCCUUGUCCAUGACUGCAGUUAUUUCAAGCUGGCACCCCUAACAUCUAAGUUGCUGAUUUUGGUAUCAUCGCACUUACUCUGCGACACGAUAGAACUUGCUGCUGUUGCCAGCCUCGGCAGCUCACCACUUUUCCUCUGCACUAUAUGUCCACCAUCAAAAAUGACUGUAACUCAUCCAUCUGGAUUCAAGUGUUCUGAAAGAGAGAUGGACCGGCAUGCAGUAGAAGAUUAA